AUGCCCUUCUAUGCCAAGUUUCUUAAAGAGAUCCUGUCAAACAAAAGGAAGCUUGACGACGAUAGUAUUGUAGCACAUGCUGAAGAGUGUAGUGAAAUCAUACGAAGCAAAAUGCCUCAAAAACUGAAAGAUCUAGGGAGGUUCUCCAUUCCUUGUGUUUUAUGCAAAUUUGUUAUUGAUAAAGCACUGUGUGAUCUAGGUGCUAGUGUGGGUUUAAUGCCCUUCUCAAUUAGUGAAAGACUAAACCUAAGAAGCAUAAAGACAACAAAAAUGUUCCUUCAAUUGGCCGAUUGCUCAAUUAAGUAUCCAGUAGGAAUCCUGGAAAACGUCCUGGUUAGAAUUGGUCAAUUGUACAUUCCUACAGAUUUUGUAGUGAUGAAUAUGAAAGAGGACUCAAGCAUUUUGAUUCUGUUAGGAAGAUUCUUUUUAGCCAUUGCAUGA